AUGAAAACGACGCUACUCGUUCUUCUUAUAGUAUUAGUUCAACUGUAUGAAGCUCUAAAUUGUUACUCAUGUUCAGGAACAACAGGUUGUAAUGAUCCGUUCAAUUCUCUUGGCUCUGGUGUUUCAACAACAGGAACAAAUACAGCAAAUACUUAUUGUAUUAAAAUAAAUUAUAUUGGAACAAUAUAUCGAUCGGGUGGUACAACGUGUACAAACUAUUGGUAUUCAUCGAAUGCUUAUCAAACUUGUUGUCAAUCAGAUUUUUGUAAUCGAACAACUGAAAUUAAAUUAAAUUUUAAUUUAAUUAUUAUUUUAUCAUUCUACGUUUUGAUUCUUUUUUUAAAUUGA